GCUAAAGAUAGAAGCGCAGGUUCCAAAAUAAGAAGUCUGUCGAAAGAAGCGGGGGGUUGCAAUGAAGCAAAGGCUAAUUUUCCUCAUGGCGAUGAGCGACUCUCCUUGUAUUUACGCUGCUUUCAUUCUACGUAACGGCAAUCGUUCGCCUCCGCUGCUCUGAUCCGAUGUGACAGUUGUUCUCCCGGGAGAUGAGCGGCCGAUGAGGGGGGGGCUUGUGAGAUAUUGCAUCUCACCGAAGCGCAAACGCAAUCGGCGGUGACCGGGGAUGCGACGCCUCCCUCCUCGGCAGCACCUCGUUUGACACCUCGUACCUCACCUCAAAUUCAGGAUUACGCAAUGCGGAUAAUCUGCUUCCGUAAUCUCUUUCCGAGGCGGACGCCUACCUCCAAGUCCGGUUACAGAAAUCCAGCUGCAAAUCUGCACCUGCUUUCUCCAUGAUCACGGAGCGAGAAGCUGCGCAUGGCAUGAAUAUCUCAUGUAAUUCUCCCUUCAUUUCCGCAAUGCUUACAAAAAUCGUUUUCGCCGUGUUUUUCAAAGGGAGCAGAUGGCCCUGGCCUGGGACAUAGCGUCAUUUUCCACCUCCCCAGUGCAGUAUGUCUAAGUGAGUCAUUCUUCUCGUCUGUCUGCGCAGUUCGCCAACUGUCAUCAUGGCACAGGGCGGGUCGUGCUUUGACACAACAUCGCGGUGUACUUUUCGUUUAAGGUAGGGAAGGCGAAGACCCCACAGAUAAGAAACGUAGCAGGUCUGAGUGAAGAGCAGGAGCCCGGAGGGUGGAGAGAAGGAGCGCUUUGUCACCUCUUCGGGUCAAAGGUCCAGCCCGAUGACAUUUUGGGGGACCUAGCUGUGAAUCUUUUCACUCACCGCCAUGACAAACCAGGAGAAGUGGGUCACCCUGAGCCCGUCGGAGUUUGCCCAGCUACAGGAGUACACACAGUAUUCAACCAAGAAGCUGAAGGAUGUGCUGCAGGAGUUUUAUGGAGAUGGGGUGCUGGCCAAAUAUAACUCCGAAGAGAAGCAGGAAAUACUGAAGCAGGAGAUCGAUUUUGAAGGCUUCAAGCUCUUCAUGACUACGUUUCUGGAGAGCGAGCUGUCGGAUGACUUCUGCCAGCAUCUGUUCCUGUCAUUCAGUAACAAGGGCCACGAGCCCAGUCCUUCGGCCUCAGAAAAGUCCAAAGUCCCCGGUCUCAAACUUAUUAAAGGUAACUCAACACCACUGAGGGUCCCGCACCUGCCGAAGGUGGACCCACUGGACACUGUUCAGCUGAAGGACAUUGUGUGUUAUCUGUCCCUGUUGGAGGGGGGACGUCCAGAGGACAAGCUUGAAUUUAUGUUUCGCCUGUAUGACACUGAUGGAAAUGGUUUUCUGGACAGCUCGGAGUUGGAACAUAUAAUCUCUCAAAUGAUGCAUGUUGCAGAAUAUCUUGAAUGGGAUGUCACAGAACUAAAGCCGAUUCUGCAGGACAUGAUGAGGGAAAUCGACUACGACCGGGACGGCACCGUGUCUCUGGAGGAGUGGAUCCAGGGCGGCAUGACCACCAUCCCACUGCUCGUGCUGCUCGGCCUGGAGACCAAUGUGAAAGAUGAUGGACAGCAUGUGUGGCGACUGAAGCACUUCAACAAGCCGGCGUACUGCAACCUUUGCCUCAACAUGCUGAUUGGGCUUGGCAAGCAGGGACUCUGCUGCUCCUUCUGCAAAUAUACUGUCCACGAACGCUGUGUGGCCCGAGCUCCUGCAUCUUGUAUCAAAACAUACGUCAAGUCCAAGAAGAACACAGAGGUGAUGCACCACUUCUGGGUGGAAGGAAACUGCCCGACCAAAUGUGACAAGUGUCACAAAAACAUCAAGUGUUACCAGGGUUUGACUGGACUUCACUGUGUGUGGUGCCAAGUCACUCUUCAUAAUAAGUGUGCUUCCCACGUGAAACCAGAGUGUGACUGUGGGCCACUGAAAGACCAUAUACUGCCCCCAACUACAAUUUGUCCCGUUGUUCUGGAAAGGCAGGCCACACUGAAGAAGGAUUCUAGAACCAAUCAGUCAGGCAGAGGAAAGAUGCAAAGAGCCAACUCUGUCACUGUGGAUGGACAAGGACUGCAGAUCACAUCUAUAGAUGGCACCCAUCCUCUUCUAGUUUUUGUGAAUCCCAAAAGUGGAGGGAAGCAGGGAGAAAGGAUAUAUAGGAAAUUCCAAUACCUGUUAAACCCCCGCCAGGUAUACAACCUUGCCAAGAAUGGUCCCAUGCCAGGGUUGAACUUCUUCAGAGAUGUUCCUGAUUUCAGGGUGCUUGCCUGUGGUGGGGACGGUACUGUCGGAUGGAUUCUAGAUUGCAUUGACAAAGCCAACCUGGAGAAAAACCCCCCGGUGUGUAUACUUCCCCUCGGCACAGGAAAUGACCUGGCAAGGUGCUUGCGAUGGGGUGGAGGUUAUGAGGGUGAGAGCCUGCUGAAGAUCCUGAGGGACAUCGAGGGCAGCUUGGAGGUGCUGCUUGACCGCUGGAAAAUAGACGUUUGUCCCAGUGAGAAGGAAGAAAAGGGGGACCCAGUGCCUUACACCAUCAUCAAUAACUAUUUCUCCAUUGGGGUGGAUGCCUCCAUUGCUCACAGAUUUCACGUCAUGAGGGAGAAGCAUCCCGAAAGGUUCAGCAGCAGGACCAAGAAUAAGCUGUGGUACUUUGAGUUCGGAACAUCUGAGACCUUCUCUGCCACCUGUAAGAAGCUCCAUGAGUUUCUGGAGGUGGAGUGUGAUGGCAUCAGCCUCGACUUCAGCAACAUCUCCCUUGAGGGCAUUGCCAUUCUAAACAUUCCCAGCAUGCACGGUGGCUCCAAUCUCUGGGGGGAAACAAGGAAGAGGCGGAACUACCGGAAAGCAGGAAAGAAGGUCCCUGACAAGCGGACUACUCUGACUGACCCCAAAGACCUCAUGUUUGCUGUUCAAGACCCAUCGGACCAGCUCCUCGAAGUAGUUGGCCUUGAAGGAGCCAUGGAAAUGGGCCAGAUCUACACAGGGCUGAAGAGUGCGGGGAGACGCCUCGCCCAGUGUUCAUCAGUUGUAAUCAGGACCAGAAAAUCCCUCCCUAUGCAGAUCGAUGGAGAGCCUUGGAUGCAGACUCCCUGCACUAUUGAAAUAACACACAAGAAUCAGGCUUCUAUGUUGAUGGGACCACCACAAAGGACUGGCUUCUUCUCCUCUGUCUUUCGGAAAGCCUGGGGUGAGGGAAAAGACUAAAGGCCCAGUGUCUUUCUGUCUCCCACUCCUGCCCCCUCCAUCAGUCAGGGGGAAAGCCCGCAUUACCUUGUGCUUCUGCAGAGCAGGAGAAGUGCCAGCACUCGUGUGGCCACUGUGAGUGUUGCCAUGGGCCACUCUUGCAUCAUUGUGCAACUGUGCAGUCCUUUAGCCCAAUGACUGUACAGGGUGAGUAAACUGCACCUUGCUCAGUCACAGUGUUAUAUGGACUUGUGACUUGUUCACUAUUAAGGCGUAAUGCUUUAAUUUUUAUGAGUGAUGGACAGAGAGGUCAGUUUAUAGGCUUGAAUAUUCCGAAGGUGAGAGAGAGGAGUGCUGGUGUUCGGCCAGCACAACAGUCAUUCUGGGUAAAUGAAGCUCUGUUGUUCCCAGUGCCUCUAUCUGCUGACGUUGAAGAGGAACACAACCUGAACAGAAUGUUUGACAUAAAUAUAUUUUUAAACUGAAAUUUUCUUCUGAAACAAAGAC